GUUCUGGCGUCAUUUUAUCUACCACAAAAUGAAGAAAUGCAUGUCUCUAAACAAGAAUAUCAACCUGUAACUAUGCAUUUAACACAUUUGACACAGUCGAUGUGGGAUGCAUUGCAAAAAGUUACAAAUGACGUAACAUCGGUGUUUCAAUCGAUGGUCGAAAAGAUUAAAAAACAGCCCAGUCGCGAGUAUCUACUUCAUUGUUUGCCCUGUGACUAUCCUGAGGAUCUACUGGAGGGCGUGGAUGUGGAGGUUCCAGAACCACCAAUCAAGAAAGCAAAGUCCGUACAAAAAAAUGAAGGAAGCAAAACAAAUUCAAAAGCAAACCCAUCAGUGUCAAAAAGAGUAAAACCAGUAACUCAAGUGCCACCGAAUGUAGUGCAUUCACCAGUAUCCAGUUCAAGCGGGGGCAACAAAAGAUGUGCCUACUGUUUUACCAAGAAUACUCCUAUGUGGAGAAGAGGUCCUGAUGGCGCUGGAACUCUGUGUAAUGCUUGCGGAGUGAAAUGGAAACAGGGAAAAAUUUUACAGGGAUCAAAUACAAGUCGAACUGCCGAGAUCGUUGAUCCGAGCCCUAAACAGAGAAAAUAUUCGUUAUCGACCACUGGCAAUCCUGCUGCUCCUGCAACUCCGCCGAAAGCAAAAAGGAAGUCUGGUCGAUCACUUUCAAUGAGUGAAGCAACAACUGCCACAGUACUUGGUGUUGAAAUAGCAGCUUCACCUGACGCAGCAUUGCCAGAUGUAACAAGCCCUUCACGCUCCCCUCAGCAUCUACUUUCCACACCAUCAAGCUCAAUAAUGACACAAGGAGUUGCGUUACCACCAACAACAGUUUCACGCGCUUCUUCUACAGCAACUGUUUCAACGCCUUCCACUUCUCACAAUCCUCCUGGAUAUCCGAUUAAUCUGAAAUUAAAUUCAAUAUUAUUCGGCACGAAUGGAGGAAAUAAUUACUUUUCUCAGCCAAAUUGCUCUGCAGAAAUAUUUGAAAAUUAUCUCAAAAUCAGAUUGUCCAAAGAAGGGUGUGAAAAAACUGAAAUAGAUAUCUGGAAAGAAAGUAUUGAUUUUAUUACAUUUGAGAAUGAAAGAGAUCUAGCUACGGGGUUCCCCAUUUUGUCAAUUCAAGCACGUGUUGAUCAAUAUAUUUCAAGAUUUGACCAAGAAUUGUUAAAUCCAGAUCGUAGUGAUACAUUAGUGAUGUUUAAAUUUAUUAAUUUAAAUGUUAACUUUAGACCUGCUUCCAUGGCUAACAAUGGCCCUAAUGAUAACAACGGAGAAUAUUUUAGGGGUGGCGGAGAAAGUACAGAUCUUAAAACUUUCUUAGAAAAAUGGUUAACAACCGGAAAUAAUGUUAUUC